AUGCUACAGGAGAAUAUUCGUCUCUUGGGUGUUGGAAAUAUAAUUCCCCACGCGCCGGACGACGCCGCGGACCUCGCUGCGGUUCUGCACGAGGUAUGCGUAAUUCGCUGGAAUCGCUUCGCUGCUGAGAACCGGCAGCUCCCUCAGGAAACAGGGAGGUUCACCCCUGGGUCUGAGGGCGGGAAAUGGGUUGAGUUCGACCCCAUGAGGUGGUGUACGAAUCUCGAUGAUGACAUGUAUAUCGAGAUGGCGGACGAUGAUCGUCCCCUCGAGUCACUCGUAAUGGGGACUCGCGUCUAUGGGACGACGAAUCAUUUAGCUCAAAUGAACUUGCCGCACGGACAACCGCGGGGAAUCCGAGCCGUCUACGGCUCGGAUUACUCCGCUCCUCGUCUUGGGAGGAGGAGUGGCGCGGUGUUGGGGAGCUUGACGUCCCAACGCCGCGGGGUUGCGAACGACGUUCUCGCCGCUCUCGUCUUGGAACGAGAAGGCUUGACAGCACUGCUCCGUGACAACGGGGUUCGCGGCAGGCCGACGAUUAUUGCUGUCCUCGAUUUACUCCAGGGUCGAUUGGAGAGCCCGCCGUCGCCCGUUCAAAGCGAUGCGGGGCCAGCCGAAGCGGCUACCGACGGCUCCAUAAUGCGCGCUGAGUGA